AUGAUGACCCUCGAGGAUAUCGUGAUGCUCCACCUCCUCCACUUGCACGAACAAGGCCUCUCUCUCCAGCGCUUGGCGGAGGAAUUGUCUAGUCGCCGUGCUGAGAUGCGUAGAAUCCGUGAAGACAAUCAGCGUCUGGCAGAUGAAAUUGUUAGUCUCAGGCAAACCAAGCCGCGUUUGGAAGAAGACCUCCAAGUCUCAAGUCAGGCUGUUCCGAAGCUCCGGGCAGAGAAAGAGCUUGAAUCGAGGGAGCUAACUCAGAGGAAUCUGAAGCUGGAAGCUGAACUGCGUGCCUUAGAACCCCUUAGGCAAGAUGCUCUGCAUCUGCGAUCUGAAGCAAGUAAACUACAGUCUUUGAGGCAAGAGUUGACUGCAAAGGUUCAAGGUCUAUUGAAAGAGCUUGAACAUCAGAAAUCUGAAAGCCAGAAAAUGACUGCUAUGAUAGCUGAACGUGAUGCUCUCUAUCAAGAAUUGCACCAGGCUAGGGCGAACCUUGAGUUUGAAAAGAAGGCAAAGCCAGAGCUGACUGCACAGGUUCAGGCAAUGGAGAAGGAUCUUGUAGCUAUGGCUCAGGAGGCUGAGAAGCUGAGGGCUGAUAUUGCAAAGAGAAGCACACCUAGUUUCAGCAGCCGUGGAACUUAUGGAGCCUCUUUGUCGACUCCUGGGAUGGGUUUGCAAGGCAUGUAUGAUGGCAGCUAUCCUACGGUUGGGAGCCGUUAUGGCAGUGGCACUGGGGCUUGGAGCUCGCAUGAUCCCCAUGGUUACCCGCAUCUGUAA